GGUGUGUGUGUGUGUGUGUGUGUGUGUGUGUGGAGAGAGAGAGAGAGAGAGAGAGAGAGAGAGAGAGAUUGAUGGAGAGUGUUGACUAUUUAUUUUAAGCGUGAAUCAGAGCAGUGAUGGCGGAGGAGACAGAGCCCGAGUCUAAAUACGGAGACUCAAGAAAGUUUGACUCAAAUUUUAAAGGACCGAUUCAGAACAGGAGCUGCACUGAUGUUCUAUGUUGUCUUCUCUUCAUCCUGGCACUUAUGGGGUACUUUGCAGUGGGAAUUCUGGCCUGGUCUCAAGGAGAUCCAAGGAAGGUGAUUUACCCCACAAACAGCAGGGGGCAGUUCUGUGGGCAGCAGGGCACAUCACUGGAGAAAAAGCCUCUGCUGUUUUACUUCAACAUUUUGAAGUGUGCGAGUCCCCUAGUGCUACUGGAGUUCCAGUGCCCUACCACACAGAUCUGUGUAGACACGUGUCCGGAUCGUUUCUUGACCCUGGUGAGGGCGAAGCGGAAUAAUCAGGACCUGCAGUAUUACUCACAGUUUUGUAAGGAGGGUGUUGAUGUCACACAGUCUGCCCCAGAGCUCCUGAGGGAAAAGGCUUGUCCAGCUAUCAUCUUCCCCAGCAAGCCUUUUACACGCCGAUGCCUCCCUGCGUUGGAGACGAAAAAAGGUGUUGUUGUCAUUGGCAACGAGACGACUUUCACAGCUGAAAACAACACGAAUAUAAACACCACUGACCUGUUAGACGCAUCUAAGAAGUCCAACAUCGUGAUGGAGACGCGGCAAGUGUUCAUGAGGAUCUUUGAGGAUUACACUCAGUCCUGGUACUGGAUCCUGCUUGGGUUAGUGGUAGCGAUGGUGCUCAGUUUGCUGUUUAUCGUGUUGUUGCGGUUCUUAGCGGGUGUGAUGGUGUGGGUGAUGAUCUGCAUGGUGCUACUUGUUGUUGCAUAUGGUAUAUUUUACUGUUAUAUGCAGUACGUGCAGUUUAAAGGUCAGCCCGGGGCAGACGUGUCCAUCACAGAUCUGGGGCUGCAGACGGACUUCACAGUGUAUCUGCAGCUGCAGCAGACGUGGCUGGCAUUUGUGAUCAUCUUGUGUAUUGUGGAGGUCAUCAUCAUCCUCCUGCUCAUCUUCCUCAGAAAACGUAUCCAGAUCGCCAUUGCUUUGAUCAAAGAGGCCAGCAGGGUGGUGGGUCAUGUGAUGUCAUCACUGUUCUAUCCAUUGCUAACCUUUGUCCUUCUGGCUCUAGUGAUUGCGUACUGGGCCAUUACCGCCGUUUUUCUGUCGACGUCCAGCUCUGUGGUGUACAAAGUGUUUAACAGCAGCGAGUGUGAGUUCAGCAGGCAGACAUGUGACCCUCAGACAUUUAACAGCUCGAACAUCUCCUCGCUGUGUCCGGAUGCUGAGUGUAUGUUUGCGUUUUACGGAGGUGAGACGUUUUACCACAGGUACCUGGUUCUGUUCCAGUUCUAUAACCUCUUCCUCUUCUUCUGGUGUGUGAACUUUGUGGUGGCGUUGGGUCAUGUGACCCUGGCUGGAGCGUUUGCCUCCUACUAUUGGGCUCUCAGAAAACCGGAUGAUAUCCCAGCAUUCCCCAUCUUCAGCUCACUUGGCCGUGCUCUCAGAUAUCACAUAGGUUCUCUGGCAUUUGGUUCUCUCAUUCUGGCUAUUGUUCAGGUGAUUAGAGUCACGCUGGAGUAUCUGGAGCAAAAACUAAAAGGAGCUGAGAACAGAUUUACGAAGUUUUUGCUCAGUUGUCUAAAGUGUUGUUUCUGGUGUUUGGAGAAGUUCAUUAGAUUUAUCAACAGAAACGCCUACAUCAUGGUGGCGAUUUACGGUAAAAACUUCUGCACGUCUGCUAAAGACGCCUUCUUCCUCCUCAUGAGGAACAUCGUCAGGGUGGCUGUUUUGGACAAAGUCACUGACUUCCUGUUGUUUCUGGGGAAACUGCUGAUUGUAGGGAUUGUAGGAAUCGGCUCCUUCUUCUUCUUCUCUGGGAAAAUUAAGGCUGUGGAGGAAGCAGCACCUUCAUUAAACUACUACUGGGUUCCCAUACUGACAGUGGUGUUUGGGACAUAUGUGAUUGCUCACGGUUUCUUCAGUGUUUAUGCGAUGUGUGUGGACACACUGUUCCUCUGCUUCUGUGAGGAUCUGGAGAGGAACGAUGGCUCCACUGAGCGGCCGUAUCUCAUGUCCCCUGAGCUGCAUGACAUUCUAUCUGUUAGCAAAGCAUCAGAGGAUGAAGAAAGGAGAGAAGGAGAAGAAGAAGAAGUGCUUCAGGAAAAUGGAGAAGUGCAGCUCAAACAGCAGGAGAGUCUCAAAAAGGAAAAGGAAGAAGAAGAAACACCACUAAUGCAGGAGGCAGUGUUAGAGCAGGUAGUAACACUAAGACAGGAAGUGGCACUAACACAGGAGGCGGCAGGAAAGCUGGAGACACCAGCACUGCAGGAGGAAGAAGCAGAGCUAACACAAGAUGCUCUCAGAGUAAAGAAGGAAAAAAAAGAAGUAGAGGAAGUCCUUACAAGUCCUCAGGACAUAGUGCAGCAAAAUGGAAUACAUGAGGAUGAGGUGCAUGAGACCGAGGAGUCACGAGAGGAAGAAGAAGGAAUACAUCAGGAACCCGAAGAACCGAAGCCUCAAGAGAACGGUCCUCAGGAGAGCGAGACUCCGCUUCAGAAUGAGUGACGUGACACAGCGACAUGCACCGAUGUGUUGACGUUAAACAUUUGUCUAAAAUGAACAGGGUGUAAAUAAACGUCAGUGGGUCUCAGUCCCAUAACUAACUGUUCUUAUCUAACCAUAACUAACUGCCUGGUUAUAAUACUAACUAGUUCUAACUAGCCCUAGUGAGGGGGUUAGAUACACGUUUCAUGAGAUUCUUACUUCUUUUAGCCUGGAAACCUGCAACGUUUCAAGUGUUUGUUGUUGUUGUUGUUGUUGUUUUCAUGAGGUCUGAGAGUGAAGUGUAACCAUGGUAACGCCUGUCUGUCUGCUGCACGCUGAGAACUGCUGUAACUCUUACACACUAAACUGUUCACUACAGUCAGGAUCCGAGUCUCCGUGAUUCUUCUGGCUCCAUGGAGACACAUGAUGAUAAUGAUUAUUACAUAUUUUGUACAACUUGUAGGCAUGAUGAUGAUGAUGUGUGUGUGUGUGUGUGUGUGUGUGUGUGUGUGUGUUUAGGAAUGCACUCGUGUUUGAUGUUUACAAGAUCAGAACAAAAGCUUGUGAAAUGAUUUGAAAUGAAAUAGUUUCUAACAUUUUGUGGAGCUAGUGUUCGUCCUCCUGGCGUCAUUAAUACAGAUAAAUUUGUAUAUGUCGUUAAAUAAUGGGCUAAUUUACUAACUUUAGUCGUUAUUGUCAUGAUGUCAGGAAACACAGCCACGCCCACUGCCAUGAAUGACAACUUGCCACACCCACUGCAGUGAAUGUGAUUGUCCUGCCUUUGCUCUUUCUACCUCUUUCUCAUUUUUCUAUCUUUGUAUGUUGUCUGUUUAUUGUUCAGUGAAUAAACUCUUUACCAGAGA